GAAAGAAGCAAGCAACAAGGCAACACAAUACAGCAGCAAACAAGCAGCAAGCAGUGUGCACGUGUUGGUGCUGUUGGUGUUGCGCUUGCUGUUGGUGAGAGCCUUGGCGAUGCCAGCAUCGGAUCACUGCGAGACGCCACGGGAGGCGUACGCAGACAUUGCUCCCGUCGUGUCUGCGAUUGCAGAGAUGUGUGGCAAGACUGACGAUUCCGUCACCAUCUACGACCCAUACUUUUGUGCGGGCGCAAUGAAGCAGAGGCUGGCCAGCUGCGGCUUCCCCAACAUCAUCAACCGCAACUCCGACUUCUACGAAGACAUCCGCACCAACAAUAUCCCAGAGUAUGACAUCUUGAUCACAAACCCGCCGUACUCGACGGAGCCAUACAACCACAUCAAGAGGCUGAUGCAGUUCCUCGCCGACAUGGGCAAGCCGUUCUUCAUCCUGCAGCCUGUGUACGUGUACACCAAGCCGUACUACCAAGCCGCACGUGAGCGGCUGGGCGAGGGCUGCUUCUUCAUCACGCCAUCCCACAGGUAUCGGUUUGAGACACCGCAAGGGAUGCGGAAUGUGCGGCAGCAGGAGCUAAUCACGUCGCCAUUUGUGUCGCUGUGGUACUGCUACGUGCCGGCGCAUAUGUUCCCGAAGCUGCGCCGCUGGUGGUGCGCGGAGGGACACCGCCUGUCCCAGGGCUGCGUCAUGCGCGCCCAGUCCCGCAACCUCCCGCAAAAGUUCAAGGAUUCGCACGACGCGACGCGGCACCGGAAGCGGCCGAAGCAGCGGCGGGCGAUGCAGCGCCGACACGACGAGAAGCAGCAGGUGGAGGACGAGCAGCAGCAAGCACACGGCGGUGGUGGCGGUGGUGGGAGGGGGAGAGGUGGGGUGAGAGCCCAGCACGUCAACUUCAAGUCCUCCCAACAACACCAUCAUGAUGACGAUGACGACGCUUGGAAACACACGACAACUGCUAACUUAAACAUCUGA